UACAUUCUCGGGAGACCCUGCGUGGCGAGCUAACCCUUCUAGGCUUAGCCGAGACAUAAAUAAACUCCCGAGGUCGCUGCUGGAUAUGAUGUCACGCGCUUGGCUUGGGCUUGGUGAGGCUUGAAUUGCGGCCCCGAUAUAUGGGAUGAUUGCAUGACUUAUCAUUCCCCACACUUUUUUUUGUAGCCUGAGGUGCGCGUGGGUUUCUUUCUAGAAUCAUCAUCAUGAUAGGCGACUUGGUGAGUUGUUAGUUGAUGGGAAUUAGGGAGGAUCUGUUUACAAUUGUGGGAGUGUAUAUAUGUGGAGCAAGUUAGGGUUCGAUCCAAUAAUUCGAGCUUCGGCGCUUCUAACCAGAGCCAGGAAGAUAGGCCCGACGGACGCCAAAACGUCAAUACUGGCACGAUGGCGAACGCUAGUCAUUUCCCAUUAAGCUGGGGCAAGCAGGUAAUCAUAUGACGACUAUCAAGCACAGCAAGCAGCAGCGACUUCGUAUAAAGAGCGCGUGGGCAAUCGUUUCUUGGUGUCUCAUCAACCCACUCAAACUCUUCCAACCUACAUCCACAGCAACAACAACAACAACAACAUUAGUUUUACCAAACAAACACUUCUUGAAUCGCCAGAAUCAAAGGAUCCUUCAAAAGAUGCAGUUCUUCAGUCUCGCAGCUACCUCGCUCCUCGCAGCCACAACCGCCUCCGCAGCCGCCGUGCCCCGCGACACAAACGCCUACGACAUCACAGAGUUCUACGCAAACUGCGUCCCGCACAGCGUCAUGUGCAACUACCAAUUCCAAGUCGUCCGCUCCAACGCCGGCGAAACGAUCCCAGUCAAAUGCUCCCUCUCGCUCACCAGCCCAGACGGCAAGCUCCCGCCCGUCACAGAGGGUCCCUGCGAGCAGUCGUCGCGCACGUUUGACGUCUCGCGGACGGAGGACGGCGGGUUAAAGUUUGAGGUCAGCCAGCCUGUUUCGCCGGCGUCGAAUCUGACGGGUGUUUAUGAGAUUAAGAGCGAGGAUUUGGUCGUGGAGGUUAGUGGGGCUAGUCAGGCGGAGGUUUAUCGUGGGGUUAGGGAGUUUGGGUUGGCUUAUGAGUGA